CUCAUCAGUUUAGUUUGCCAUUGCCAUUCGAUGAUGUUGCUCCACCGGAAUUAUGUGUUGCUGCUGAGUUGCUGCUGCCUGGUUUUCAUGGUCACAGCGCAGGUUCCCAUCACGCCCCGAGAAUGCCCUGAAAACGAGACUUUUCUGCCCUGUGGACCCAGUUGCCAAACGGAGUGCUCCACGUUGGGCAAACCGUGCCUGAUUAACCAUAUUCGAUGCCCCGAUGGAUGUUACUGCAACAAGGGAUUCGCGAGGAAUGCCGGCGGCAGGUGCAUUCCCAUCAACAGAUGCAAAAAAACAACAGCUUACGGAAAAUGAAUCCGGUGUGUUAUCAAGAAACAUUUGUGUCUAAUUAAAAACGCGAUGAAAAAGUGGA